CUUUCCGCUUGUUCCUCCCCACUCUUCAUAUCAGACGGCCAUGGAUAAAACUGAUCAGCAAAGAAGACAGCAGUUCAAGAACAAGGACACUUUUCAAGCCGAUCAAGUCCGAAAUCGACGACAGAAGCAUUCGGUGGAAAUCAGAAAGCAGAGACGCGAGGACAAUUUGUCCAAGCGCAGAAAUCUCACAUUGGGAGCAGGGUCCAUGUCUGACAGUGAAGACGAACUAGGCGUCGAAAUGAGUACAGAGUCGCAACCCUCGUUGGCGGCUUGGGUGGAAGCGGUGAACUCCAACGACGUCGAAAGACAGUAUGACGCCACUACCAAAUUUCGCAAACUUUUGUCCAAGGAACGCAAUCCUCCUAUUCAGGAUGUCAUCAACACCAAUGUCGUUCCGAAAUUUGUCGAAUUUUUACGAUCGCGUCACGGCUUGUUGCAGUUUGAAGCUGCGUGGGCUUUGACUAAUAUUGCUUCAGGCACUUCGCAACAGACGCAGUAUGUGGUGGAAGCUGGGGCUGUGCCUAUUUUCGUGGAACUACUCAGCAGUGAAGUCAUGGAUGUCAAAGAACAGGCGGUGUGGGCGCUUGGUAACAUCUCGGGUGACAGUCCUGCUUGCCGCGACUACGUGUUGCAAAACGGAGCUUUGCCUCCCUUGUUGGCCAUCCUCAAUGAGAAUAACAAACUGUCCAUGUUGCGCAACGCGACUUGGACCUUGUCCAAUCUCUGCCGAGGAAAAAAUCCUCCUCCCAAUUGGCAAAUGGUGUUACCGGCUCUUCCUGUGUUGGCGAAACUCAUUUAUUCCGCUGACGAAGAAGUACUCAUCGACGCCUGUUGGGCCAUUUCGUACUUGUCGGAUGGAUUCAAUGACAAGAUUCAGGUGGUGAUUGAAUCCGGCGUGUGUCGUCGUUUGGUUGAAUUGUUGAAUCAUCCUUCGACUUCGGUGCAAACACCGGCGCUUCGAUCUGUGGGCAACAUCGUGACUGGCGACGAUUUACAAACUCAGGUGGUCAUCAACUGCGGUGUCCUUCAAUCCCUUUCGGCGUUGUUGAAUAGCAGCAAAGAAACGAUUCGUAAAGAAGCUUGCUGGACGAUUUCCAAUAUCACGGCCGGUAAUGUCAGUCAAAUCCAAGCCGUCAUUGAUGCCAACAUUGUGCCUAUGCUUGUGCACAUCUUGGGUACCGCCGAUAUGAAGACACGCAAGGAGGCUUGCUGGGCUAUUGUGAAUGCCACUUCUGGUGGUUUGAAACGACCUGAACAAAUCCAAUACAUUGUGUCUCAGGGUUGCAUCAAGCCUUUGUGUGAUAUCCUGACUGGUAUGGACAAUCGCAUUGUCCAAGUGGCGUUGGAUGGUUUGGAGAACAUCUUGAAAGUGGGCGAAAUGGAACGCAUGAACAAUACCGAGGGUUUGAAUCAGUACGCUUUAUAUAUCGAGGAGUGUGGCGGCAUGGAAAUCAUUCAUCAACUCCAGAACCACCAGAACACGGAUGUGUACAAGAAGGCUUACAAUAUCAUUGAUCGCUAUUUCAAUGAUGACGAUGCUCAAGAAGAUAUGAUGAAUGAAGCCGGUCAACAAGGUGCCGGUUUCCAAUUCCAAUCAGACGUCAAUAUGCCUCAGGGCGGUUUCAACUUUGGUGCUUAGAGAAACAAAAACAUGCUGCUUUUUCUUUUCUUUUCUCUUCUUGGUCCGCUUAUUAUUAUUCCUUUUUCUUCUCUUUUUUUUACGUGAAUCUUCAUCGUUGUUGGUUUUAUUUUGACUUCUCUUUUUUUUUUUUUUUUUUUCUC